AGGCAGAAUGCUGGCCGCGCUGGCGUCGCUGCUCGUCGGCGGGUCCACCGCCUACCUGCCGCUAGCACCCGCCGUGCGCGUGUGCACGCACCAGCGUCCUGCCGUGGCGUCGCCCACGCGCACGGCGAGCGCGGCGAUGGGCGUGCUCGACCAGGUGAGCGAGGCCAUCCGCGGUGGCGGCGAGCAGGCGAGCGACAGCAAAAGUGACCCAAAGACGGCCGCCUUCACGGCGGCAAACGAUCGGACGGUGAUGGCGUACACCGAGCGGGUCGCUCGCAUCAACGACCUCGAGGACGAGAUUGAGGCGCUCGAGGACGAGGCGCUGGCCGCCAAGACGGCCGAGUUCCGGAAGCGGCUCGCGGCGGGCGAGACGGAGGAGGAGCUGCUCGAGGAGGCGUUCGCUGUGGUGCGCGAGGCUGCCUGGCGCACGCUCGACCUCCGCCACUACGACGUGCAGCUCGUCGGCGCGAUGGCGCUGAACGACGGCAAGCUGGCGCAGAUGGGCACCGGCGAGGGAAAGACCUUGGUGGCGACUGGGGCGGUGUACCUCAACGCGCUAAGCGGGAAGGGCGCGAUGGUGGUGACGGUCAACGACUACCUCGCCCGGCGCGACGCCGAGGGGAUGGGCCAGGUGUACGCCUUCCUCGGGCUGAGUGUCGGCCUCGUCCAGUCCGGCUCCGACACGGCGGCGCGGCGGGAGGCGUACGCGAGCGACGUGACGUAUGUGACCAACUCAGAGCUCGGCUUCGACUAUCUCCGCGACAACCUGGCCGUGACUGCGGAGGAGGUGGUGCUUCGGCGCGAGCUCAACUACUGCGUUGUUGACGAGGGCGACUCGGUGCUGAUCGACGAGGCGCGCGUGCCCCUCAUCAUCUCCGGCAAGACGGACGCUCCGGUCGACAAGUUCGGCGCGGCGAGCAAGCUGGCGGCGGUGCUCGAGCGCGGGAUUCACUACGACGUUUUCGAGAAGGAGCAGACGGUCUCGCUGACCGACAAGGGCACGCGCGAUUGCGAAAAGGCGCUCGCGGUGGGCGACCUGUACGAGCCGACCAACCCGUGGGCGUCGUACGUGUCGAACGCCCUCAAGGCGAAGGAGCUCUUCGUCAAGGAGCGGUCCUACCUCGUGCAGGGCGGCGAGGCGGUCAUCAUCGACGAGUUCUCCGGCCGCGUGAUGGAGGGGCGCCGGUGGGGCGACGGGCUGCACCAGGCGGUCGAGGCCAAGGAGGGGCUGACGGUGCAGCCGGAGACGGAGGUGGUCGCGUCUGUCACCUACCAGUCGCUCUUCCGCCGCUUCCGCAAGCUCUCCUCCAUGUCGGGCACCGCCCUCUCCGAGGCAGAGGAGUUCGCGACCAUCUACGGCCUCGACGUGGUCGACGUGCCGCCCGUCCUCCCGUCGCUGCGCUCCGACAUCCCAGACUCUGUCUUCAAGACGACGCGCGGGAAGUCCAACGCGGCGCUCGCCGAGCUGCUCUCGCUGCGGAGGAGCGGCCGGCCGAUUCUGGUUGGGACCACGUCGGUCGAGGCGUCUCAGGUCUUCUCGGACAAGCUGACCGAGCUCGGCGUCAAGCACGAGGUCCUCUCCGCGGCGCCCGAGGCGGCGCAGCGCGAGGCGGAGGUGGUCGCCCAGGCCGGCCGCGAGGGCUCCGUCACUAUCUCGACAAACAUGGCUGGGCGCGGCACCGACAUCCUGCUCGGCGGCAACCCCGCCUUCAUGGCCCGCCUCUACCUGCGCACCGCCUUCGCCGCCGCCGCCGGCCUGUCCGGCGUCACGCCGCCUCGCGACGGCUUCUUCCCGCGCGCUGUGUCGGAGGAGGCGGAGGCCGCUGUCGGCCGCGCGGCGGCGCGCUUCGCCCAGUCGCGCGCGGCGGCGGCGGCGGACGACGACGCCGAGGGUCACGAGCGGGCGGAGCUCGCGGCGCCGGACGAGGGCUGCUCGCCGUGGCACUUUCGUGGAGGCUUCCCUGAGCGUCGCCUGCUCGCGGUGGCGGCCUCAUCGGCGGCGGUGUUCGAGGAGUCGGUCGAGGACGAGGCGCGCGAGGCGCUCGAGGCGGUCGGCGAAGAGUUCGCCGAGGAGCUCGCGCCGGAGAAGGAGCGGGUGCUGCAGGCGGGAGGGCUGCACGUCAUCGGCACGAACUUGCACGACUCGCGCCGGAUCGACGGUCAGCUGCGCGGCCGCGCGGGCCGGCAGGGCGACCCGGGCUCGACGCACUUCUUCCUCUCGCUCGAGGACCGCAUCUUCCGCCUCUUCGGCGGCGACAAGAUCAAGGGGCUGCUCGACUUCAUGCGCAUCUCCGAGGACCAGCCGCUCGAGUCGGGGCAGGUGCAGCGGGUGGUGGAGGAGACGCAGGCCAAGGUGCUCGCCGUCCAGAGGGAGGACACCUACCGGACCCGCGCCGCGGUGCUGCGCGGCUCGGCCGACGAGGUGCUCGACACCCUCGCCGCCCACGCGGCCGGCACCGCCUCCGACAUCCUGAAGAGCAACCUGGAUGCGUCGGGCGCAGAGGCGACCCUCGCCAAGCUGCAGCAGUUCUUCCCCGCGGUGCCGCUCACCGCCGCCGACCUCGAGGGCGACGGCGCCGAGGAGCGCGCGCAUGCGGCGGUGCAGGAGGCGUUGCGCGCCAAGGCAGCCGAGCUGGACAGCGUCCGGCCGGGUCUUGCGGUCGAGUCCGGCCGCUUCCUCGCGCUGACGCAGACGGACACGCUCUGGAAGGCGCACAUGAAGGCGAUGGGGUACGUCAAGGACUUUGCGGGCCUCAAGGCGUACUCUGGCACCGACCCGAUCCAGGUGUACCGCGAGGAGGGGCUGCGUCUCUACGAGGCGAUGCAGACCUCGCUCCGCCAAAACACCGCCUUCUCCUUCUUCCAGUACCAGCCACGGAGCAAGGGAGCGUGAUGUGGCGCGCGUGUGGCGUUAGCCGUGGCGAAUCUGUUCGAGGCGAACCUGGUGUGACGUGCGCAUGUUAGUUAGCCGUACCCUGCAUGUCCGCUGCUUGUUGUUGGGGGGGCGCUGUGAACGAUAAGAUGCCCUGCAUAAGAU